AUGCCCUCAGAGUCCAACAAGUCGCCAGAAUCUGGUGGUGAUGAUUCAAGCGCAUCUGUUCAGCCGGCCACCGAGGACUCUGGAGCAUCAGACACCAACAACUCUGUGACUCGAAUUUCCUCAAGGAAGCCAUCACCCACCGAUGCUGGCAAGCGUUCAUCAUAUGAUCCACCACGUGCUGUGAGUCCCCAAGCACGACCUGGUCUCAGCCUCGACUGUAACGACAAUCCCGAUGACGAUACCGAUGAAGACCUUGCCAAUAUUCCUCUUGACUAUGGACGAUCAGAAGGUACCAAAGCACUGAUGCUUCGCAUCCAAACCCGCUGGCAAACGUACUGUCACGUCAAAAAUAAAGAGCCCGAUGCGCUGCCCAAGUGGAAGAGCGCCGAGGAGGCGAUUCGUCAGGUGACACCAGGCGACGUUCAUCGGUUUCUCAAUUUCUGUCUCAAACUCAAAAAGGGAAAAGACGGUAGACAUCUGAAAGGCGUGCGGAAAGCGAGCGCCCUGCGACUCGACUGGAAGUUGUUUCGGUGCUACUAUAAAAGAGUCAAUGGAAGGCAAAUUAGCCCCGAGGACAGCGAAGAAAUCAAUGCCGGUAUUCGGAGCCUUGUCGACAAGUUCGAGCUCGAUGAUGACGAACGCGGCAAGGAGCCGGUCUACGUUCAAGACUUGACCGAAUUCAACGAGACCAUCCUCCGUACCCAGGAGAAGCGCUUCCAUCUUGGAUAUGAGCGUAUUCAGCUUUGCCUGUUCACGAUGUUGGGAAUAUUUACGAUCAAUCGUCUCAGUGCGCUGCUCUCACUGCAGUUCAAACACCUGCAGUUCUCUAUUCAAAAGGAUCCUGACGACGGCCCUCCCAUAUUGUUGGUGGAGAUCAAAGCGGAACACACGAAGAAGUUUCUCGGCAGGUCUCAAAAAAACAAUUUCCCGCUUCCCGAAAUUAUCGAUGAUCCAUCGCUUAUCUUCAGCCCUCACACAUUCAUAUUUGGCAUCCUAUUCUGGCUUGAGGCUUUUCAAGUCCCGGAGCUAUCCUCGAUGGAGACGCUUCGAGGGCUGUCAAUCGAGGGUGGACGGCAGCAAAUGCCAUUGCCUAUACGACCUGAAGUCGAAGAGUAUUAUAUCUUCUGCCGUACAGAGAUUGUUAAUGGGAAGCCAGAAAUGCUCUGGGAUCGCCCAAUGCCCGCAGGAACGAUGUCCGGCCGCCUGAAAACCACAGGAGAAAUCCACGGAUGGCUGCACUCAAUGUUUUCUCAUCGAUUCCGUUACGCAGGAGGAAAAAUGCUGAAUGAAAGCGAUGAGGUCAGCCAAGCGCAGCAGAACCUGAUCAUGAAACAUUCGGACACCAAAACCUUUCUCGAUCACUACCUGCCACGGCACAUCAACACUGAUAUGCAGAAUAUCAUGAAUGGUCGCAAAUCCAACAAACCCCUGAUGCGUGCCAUCACGCGCAUGAGUCGGUGGAUAGACAAAAGGCGGCCUCGACAUUUAACAGAAGAGCAGCGGAAGUCCAUUCGCAAUCACCCUGAAUACCUGACAGCCAAGCAGCAAAGGGACGAGCAAAUGGAUGCUCACAGAGAAUCGCCCAAUUUCCAAAGUCAACUACGAUUAGACAAGCUGACGCGUGACGUGGCGAACACCUUCGGUCGACUGGAGCGCAGGCUGAGAGACAAGAUAAGGAAGGACUUUGACCGAGAGCAGGCAGUCAUUGAUAUCAAGCGGCAGUUAUCCGGGUCGGCUGUUAAUGACGAGGUCGCGAAAGAGUUGCUCCGAACUCAGGAUCAUAUGUCCCCAGAGCAGAUCAAUCUUAUAGAAAGGCUGCUUACCUGGCCCACUUCCCAAUCCCUGGAAGCCGAAUGGGAACGGCGAAAUGCCGCGGUAGCUGCUAUUUCACAGUAUUGCUCCGUCCAAGAAGGCGGCCCGCUGCGUGGACGACGGAAACGACCAUCGCCCCAUGACGGGUUCGAUGAAACGCAAACAUCAGAUGCAAUCCGCCCGCCGAAGAUAAAGUGCGCAUCUCGCGGGAUGUCACAGAGGGAUGUACUAUUGCAGCAGGCCGAAGAACAUAUCAAGGCUUCUGACAAACCGCUACGAUGUUUUCAGUGUUACGGCAACACCAAGGAGCCAGACCAUCGCCGGAUGCAGGAAUGGAGCGAAUACAAGUCGACGCUGAGACAUUUUCGCAGGAAGCACCUAGGCGACCGAAGGUGUCACAUGUGCAAUGUUGACCUUCUGCAUGAGAUGCAUCUUCGAAGACAUGCUGAGGAGGUUCACCGUCUUUGCACACAGCCAAGAACUAGCGUACCGAAGUCGGGGGUAUUGGACUCAACAUCGCGUAGUCAAACAUUCAUGGCUUUGCACUAA